AUGGCAGAGAUGGAUCAGCGACCAGCUUCUCAGAAGCUGCCGGCAGGCCUAGCUGGCGUCCUCAAUCGACCCGAGGAAAACCGGGAUUCCGCAUACUAUUCGAGCACGGAUAGUAAACGCGCACCGCCAUCCCUCCACACAAAUAGUAACACACCAUCGCCGUCCCCCAUCAACACGUCUGCAAAUUUGAUGCCACAGCCUCUCGUUUCUCCCUCAACGAGCAACAUGAGCGUUGCAUCCAUGGUCUCACCGACCACCCCAGCAAGCGUCGACCACCGAAGACACGAACGCCCACAAUCCCUCGAAUCGGCGUCCAAUGGCAACCAUUGGAACGGCGAGCACCUUGACCAACCCGUGUCUCGCCGGGAAAGUGUGGACAGCAGAAUUCUGAAUCAAGGCAUAGGGGACAUGAGAUUAGGCAACUCGCCCUACACAAGUCACAAUCCGUCUACGACGUCCAUACAAAAUACCCUAUUACAGCAACGGAAUCCCCGACCUGCGCACCUCGACAGCUUGUCGAUUCACAGAAUCUCCAAUGGAUACCAACCGAGCAACGACAGGACCCCAGACUUGCACCCCAAAAUUGCCCGUACGGCCCCAGCGAUCACUGGACCGGCGACGGGCAACAUCGCCCGGGCCGCCGAGCCAACCAAAGGACAAGCUUGGGCGUUCCCAGAGGAAGAGAUUCAAAGAUUGCCUUCUGCCAGUCAAAGCUUGGUCGAUUCACGCAGAAGCAGCGUUACAGAAUCACUGGCGAGUAGCCAAUUCACCACGGAGUCACGGCUGCCCCCUGGUCAGCGUCACUUAGAUGACGGCCUCCACCAAUCGGAGCGCUUCUCCAACGAGUAUCCAGCCGUCCACCAUCAUACACUACAGCAUAAACAAAUUGGCGAGCUCCAGGGGGAUGCAGCCGGUCUGGCCCCAGGCUCACAGCCAUACAGCCGGACGCCAGAACUGCGACGGAGUCACAAGCUUGCGGAACGUAAGCGGCGGACGGAGAUGAAGGAGCUAUUCGAGGAGCUCCGUGACCUCAUGCCACAGGAACGUGGUUCCAAAGCUUCCAAAUGGGAAAUUCUGACAAAAGCGAUCGCCGAACACAAGAGACAAGCGGACACACUUCGCAGCAUGCAUCAGACCAACGGUAGCCUCCACCAAGAACUCGAAGCCAUGAGGCGCGAUGUGAUGGCGCUUCGUAGCGAAAACACACAGUUACGCAACGAGCUCGCAAAUGCUUCAAAUUCACACCAUGGUGUCGCUGGUUUGCCGAAUUUAUCGUCGCAGAAUGGGAGCGACGGGUACGGACGACCGACAUCUCUCAGGCAAGAGCUCCCGCCUUUGAGGUCUUUGAACAAUGGAAUACCUGGACCGCCCGACACAAUGACGGGAGUUCAAUACGAGCAACCGAGAGCCAAUGGAUAUCGUUAG